GCCGCCGCUCGCACACGCGCUGCUCCGGCACACGGUGAUCCGCGCUCCCACCUGCUGCAGGGCUGCAGAACGCCGGCACCGCUCCCAGGCUGUUCGCAGGUAAAGAAGCUUGGUCCCUGACGAGUACUGCUGGCCAUCAUCUCUGACCCAAGCACACAGAGUAAGGCAGGCAUGAGACCCCGUAGGACCUGACCCCAUAGCAUCUGACCCUGCUGGGCUUUGCAGGAGAGAAGGGAACAGCUGACACCCACCAGCAGUGCCACGGGAAUCAGCUCCAGCCCCAGAUGGACCAGGUCACACAAGAAAGUUGCAGGGGCACAUCAUUCCUAGGUCACGUCACACUCAGCAGACAAGGCUGAAUGCGUGAAGGGGACUCUACUGUGAUCUCCAAGGCCAUCAUAAGCCCAAGAUUGGUUUGGAAGGAACUCCAGGGCUGCCUGGUAGAGGCUCACCCCAAGCACCUGUAGAGUCACUGACUGCAGAACCAUUCCACCCAUGCGACUGCACUAUGGAUCCAUGUGGCAACCUCACAAACCCUUCAAAAAACAUGGACUUCCCUCUGCAGCUGCUGGUUGGGUCCUGCCUGGCCCUGCUCAUCAUAUUCACUCUCUGUGGUAACAUCAUUGUGUGCCUGGCUGUCACUCUGGACCGCCGGCUCCGCAGUCUGACCAACUGCAUCAUCGUAUCGUUGGCCAUCACCGACCUGCUGCUGGCCCUGCUGGUGCUGCCCUUCUCCGCCCUCUAUGAGCUCACCAGCGAGUGGCCCUUCGGCAGCACACUGUGCAACAUCUACCUCAGCCUGGAUGUCAUGCUGUGCACGGCCUCCAUCCUCAACCUCUUCAUCAUCAGCCUGGACCGCUACUUCGCCGUCACCACCCCGCUGCGCUACCAGCAGCUGGUCACCCCAUCCCGCGUGGCUGUGGGCUUGGUUGUUAUUUGGACAGUUUCACUGAUGGUUUCCUUCCUCCCCAUCCAUCUGGGGUGGAAUACCAAUGGGACAGCAGUUCAGAACACAACACCCAACUGCACCAGGGAGUGCAAGCUGGAGGUGAACUCUGUGUACGGACUGGUGGACUCCUUGCUCACCUUCUAUAUCCCUCUGGUCAUCAUGUGCAUCACCUACUACCGGAUAUUCAAGAUAGCGAGGGAGCAAGCCAAGAGGAUAAACCACACAUGGUGCUGCAGCAGCAACAGCCCCAUGCCACCCAUGGUGAAGGAACACAAAGCCACUGUGACGCUGGCAGUGGUGAUGGGAGCCUUCAUUAUUUGCUGGUUCCCCUAUUUCACAGUGUUCACGUACCGAGGGGUUUGGGGGGACGGCAGUGUGAAAGGCACACCCAUGUCCAUCGUCCUCUGGCUGGGCUAUGCCAACUCAGCACUGAACCCCAUCCUCUAUGGGACGUUCAACAGAGAUUUUCGGGUGGCAUACCAGCACUUGUUGCACUGCUGGAGGACAGGGGACCCCAAGAGCUCCCUACAGAAGGGUCAGCCCCGGGGCAGGAGCUUGGAUGGGCAGGAGGGGAAAUGCCUGAAGCUGGAGAUGAGGAAUGGGAAGGGCAUCUUGCUGGCAGAUGGAGCCCUGCAGAGGUAAGAGCUGCCCCACAGUCACACUGCUGGUCCCCAGAACCCUGUCAGCUCAGACACCCAACACUGCCGCUCUCAGUCUGCCCCAGCAGUGAACACAGCCAACAGCAAGUUCCAUUCCCAUUUCUGGAGCAAAAAUAGCUAAAAUAAGGUUGGAAAAUUUUCUGGGAACACAACCACACAUAGAGCCAUAAAUCCCCCCCGCAGUACCCCAAGCACCACCAGGGGCAGGACCUUGGAAGGGGUGCAGUGAUGGGGAGGACGGAUAGGAUGCAAGCACUGUGCCCAGGAACCCCCAUCUCAUGUAGUCAGCCUGCACCUCCUUGGCCCACCUGAGAACACAGACACAUGCUGUGCCAUGAUGUGAGCUGCUGCUCCCAGACCCUAAUCUAACCUCCAGGCAGCAGCAACUGAUAACCCCCUGAUAGCCCAGAAACUUUCCAUCCCACCGAUAAGCUGUUCUUUCCCUCCCUGCUGCACGUGCCCUUGGUGCCGUCCCCAAAACAGAGCGUGAAGCCUUAGGAAGGAGAAAGCAGGGAGGUGAAGCAGAGGGCAGAGUGGUGCGAAAGGCUCAGCCUGCGAGUAUCACACUCAGGCACAUGCCUGGCUCAGUAAAGAUGCUUCUGCAGACACAGACGGGGCUGGAAGGAAACCUGUGCUGCUCCUGUGGAGCACCACGUGGGAUUUUAUUUAACUAAAUUGUUUGUGCAAUGCAAAACACCAGCUGGUUCCUGCACAGCAUUACAGCCCGUACCCAGGGGAGGGCAGAGAACCCUGGGGGGAUGGCCCAGCAAUAGGCUGGAUCAGGUGCUGGGCUCAGUCAGUUGGGCAGGUUUGACUCCUUCCUAACACUCAAGUGCAUUUGAAUGAGACCGGCAAAAAGGUGAGCAUCUCUCACCUCCUUCCAGCAGGAGAAAUAAAUGUUUCCUCUCUGGAUUUGUGCCCAAAUGAAGCAGAACAUUGGAGGGAAGAGGCUGAAUAGCAGGCAGUGCUGCAGUGGGGCACAUAUCGUGCACUACAGGAAGCAGAGGGGAAGACACAAAGACAGGGAUGUUUCUUGACCUUUCUAAAUCCAGAGAACUCUUCCCCAUACCAGCCAGCAUCACUGCUGUGGUUUCUGCUUGUGAUCAGAUAAAAGUAAAUGUGAGGGCUGAAGGUUGAGUUAUUGGUUUUACUUUCCCUGUUUAUCUGCCUACUCACUUGCCUGGAAAUGAUGCAUCAAGGAUGGCGUGGGCCUCUCUCACUUCUCCCCUUCCCCAUCAGGGAUGCACACGUUGGGUGUCUGAGACCCCAAGACCAUGCAGGAAUCACCCAAACCCUAACUGCCAGUAUCACCCCGAGCUCAGAGAGACAUGGUCCCUCUCUUCCAGCCACAUUAACAGAACAGAGCAGCACAUAUCACUCACAAACCCAUAUCUCCCUCCAAAUAAGACUGGAGCCUAGCAGAGCUCUGCCCAGAGCAGCCCCAUGGGGUUGUUCAGGGUAAAGCAUUUUGAAAUGUUGCCCAUUAUGUUUUUUCCUGUUACGAAGCAAAAGGAAAGACUAGCAAACAUACUAGAGAAACAGGAAUGGUCUCAGGAGAUGUCAAGCAUAGGAACAGGAGUCAGACCCAUCACUUCUAUGGAAAAAACAUGCAGCACAGCCAUUGUGACACAGGCAGCAAUUCCAGGGGUAGUGGGGAGCAUGCAGGGCUGCAACUCCUCACCCCCUGCCACACAUUAAACAGGGAAAGAACUCACUAAAGAAGCAGAAAUGGAAAGCAGAGUCCUACUCCUGUGGGACAGGACCUGUCCCAGCCACCACAUCCUGUUCCUUCCCAUGGGCUCAACCCCAUGCAGGCAGCAACUGUGACAGAGCUUUCCCGUGAGCCUCAGCCACCCCAUCUCCUGGCCUCCGCUCCCAGCUGCCCUCUUCCAGCACUCUGCAAGGAAGAAAGGACACAGCUGGACUUCCCUUGGGGAGAAACCUGAGAGCAGAGGCAAGGGCUGCAGGGAUCCUUGUGCUGGUACGUGGCACUUGCUGUCUCCCCAGAUGAUGCUGGAAAGGCCUCUGCCUGCUCACAUUUCUUACCGGGAGCACAGAAGAACCUCCACCAUCAGGGGCCGUGACACCUCCAGCACUGAGCCCUACGUUAAUGGGUUGAGAGCCAGGGCGUACCCCAGCAGGUCUGAGGUUCAGCCACAGCAGGGAAAAGGAGAUGCAGCCGCAGCCUCGAUGCCAGACAGCCCAACUCAGGACCGGCACUACGCCCCGCGGUGCUCCGUCAAAAGGAAACAUCCACCUCCCAGGGGGGCCCGGCAGAGGGGGUGAGGUGACAGGAGAGCUAUCGACGGCCACGAUCACAACACGCGCGGCCCUGCAGCAUCCUCACGGGGCAAAGAGGAGCCCAACUCGGGGGUACUGGGGAGUCCCCUGCUCUCCGUGGGCUUCACAACCUCAGCCCCACGGCAAGGAGAGAGGAUCCGGAGCCACGGGAGCCGCCGAGCAGCGUGGCUGCCCCCAGGCUCUUUUCCCCCGCAGAGCUCAACGCCAAGCCUGCAAAAACAGGAUGUCUGCGAGCGAGCCUGGGCAGAACUCAGCCAUACAAAAUCCCGUUUAACACAGAGGCAGAACAGCACGAUUGAUUUCUCCAAGCACACUCUACCUCGAGAAGAGCUCCCCCUAACCCCCAACCCCCUGUACCCCACCCCUUCCUCUCCGCCGCGCUCACACAACACAACCGCAGGGACGAGCGCACCGCUCCCAGAGCCGGGGGGCAGCGAGGGCAGCAAAGCGGCUCCGGGCCCCCCGGGCCGGGCAGCAUUACGGGCUCGGAGCUCCCCCUGCUUGCGGCUCCCGGCCCGACCCUCCCUGUCCCGGAGCACCCCCAGCCGGGGCCGGGCCAGAAACACCCGCGGCAUCCACCCUUCCCUCUGAAACUAUAGGAGGAAGAUCUGACAAACGCACCCCACCCAAAGCUGUGCCACCUAUGAUAACGAUUAGAGACUGAUCUAAUUGCAAAAAUAAUUGCAAUUGAAGUGU